CCCUCCCGGAACGAUUCAAUUUUCAUCUAAGAAAUGUGGAGAUUGCAUCAUAUCCUCUAAGGCCAGAAUUUAUAGAAUCAACUUACUUUCUUUACAGAGCAACGAAAGAUCCAUUUUAUCUUCAUGUUGGUGAGAUGGUUCUUAAAGACCUACAAUCAUACACUCGUGUCGAAUGUGGUUAUGCAUCUGUCAAAGAUGUUCUCACCAAGAAGCUAGAAGAUCGUAUGGAAAGUUUUGUGCUUAGUGAGACAUUCAAAUAUUUAUAUCUAUUGUUUGAUACCGAACAUAUAUUCAAUAAAUUAGAUGACAAUUUUGUUUUUACAACCGAGGCACAUAUUUUCCCCUUGACUGCGCAAUAUUGGAAAAAAACUUGGAAACAUAUAGACAAUUUCACAUGCAAUGCGUAUAAAAACCCCAAAAAACUCACACCAUCUAUUUUAGAACGCCCAGAUGCAGAUCUUGCGAGAGAACUAGUUGGAUUCGAAG